GCCUCAACCUUUGUCUUCAUCAACAUUGCAGUCGCAUUCGCACCCUCUAGCCUUGCGCUGAUACUCGGAACAUCUCCCGCUAACGUGUAUGGACAUGCCAACUUCAUAGCCCGCCGCUGAACAACGAAGCCCCCCCUCGUACGCCGUCGCGCAAGCCAGCCCACCUCAACGCCAAGCUUUUCCUCAUCAACAGAUAAGAUCUGCAGUGUCAUUGUGAGCUUGCACCAUGCUCACAUCCGCUUUCCUUAGAAAUCUGCUGCCCUGGGGUGAACGGGUUGUCUUUACUAUACCCCCCGUUGAAGCGGUUGAAAUCGACACAGCGCACGAAAAGGCUGCGCGAGCUCUAAAGCACCUGCUUAAGCUCAACCACGCGAACAAUGCGAUCCUCUGGAACGAGCGCAGAUUCCAUAAUCACGCUCCGCACUCGCUAUCCUCGUACUUUUUGUUGGGUGCUGAUGCGGAUAACUUGAAUCGCCUGUAUGAGCAUGAGCAGAAGCCGCUGGAUCGGUGGACCGACUCGCCGGGUGAGAUCAGUACAUACGACUGGAGGGAUUAUUUGGGGAAGAGAGAAUAUCAACGAGCGUAUGUCGACUUUUUCGAAGACGAGCUCGUUGGCCAUGGCUACGACUGGAAAAAGGUGGUCGCCAAUUACCUGUUCGAAGGAAAGGAGCCUCUCUUCAACGCCUUGGCCUGUGACCUCGGCCACCCGCUCAUUCACCUCGCCUACGCCUUCGAAGUGUCUAGCCGCGAAGUCGCCAUGGAAGCCCUCUCCCUCGCCUCGGUCUGCUACGGAACAACCCACAAAUAUCUCGACGACCCAUCUUACUCCCAAGCUGAAGCAUCCUACUAUUCACAUUCCCCCUUCGAAAUCCUCACCAAAGUCCGCACGGACAAACGCCUAACAAACCUCUUCACCACACCCGGCGACCACAACACAGAAGUCGUCUUCCGCGAAGCCGAAGCAACAAUCCUCAACCACUGGAACGCAUGGAAGAUCCCCACAGGAAGCGACGCAAUGAAAUGCCUCCGAGAAAGCCAAGAACUCGCCGUUGCUCUAUUAACAGCAACCCUAAACCCGGCCACCCCAGACCAGAAAUACGACUUCUUCUUUGUCCACGUGCUCACUUCCAGCCAUGCCGUUCGCGUUCUCCUUCCAUUAAUACCCGCAAAAUUUCAAAUCCCCCUUGUCCGCCAAUGGUGGCUCCUGACUCUGGCUGUAUACAUCGGCCAGCUAAGACCGGAAAUCCGCCUCGACACUAUUCGGAAACAUGAUACCACUAAGAAGGGCUGGGACUAUGUUAAGGAUAAGGCGCUCCACGGCGAACACUCCACGGAGACGCAUUAUAUCAAGGCCCUCCGUGUCUUCAGGGAUAUGGCAAAGAUGUGGGGCGACCCCGAUGGGUUCUAUUUGAAGGCUGCUGUCAAGUUUGCGGAUGGGUUUACCGGAUGGGGUGGGUUUGUAUAAUUUCCCACCGCGGAUUUAAAAAUAACUUUUGUAAUGUUUCUUGUGUUGUAUUCCUAUAUAGUUGGUUAUAUUCCCCUCUUUGGCUAAAAGUAAUGAUUCUCAUUCUGGAUACUAGGAGUUAACUAGGCACUGUUAAGCUAAGCGUUAUAUAGUAUUAUGAAACCACAAGAAUUGUUUUGAGUUACGGC